AUGUCCAGCACUUCCGGAGGAACGCCAUCUACAGGCACCCUACCAUCAUACAUCACCAAGCCAACUUGCGGUGGAAUCACCACUGUUGGUCCCAACGAGUAUGAAAUCUACACCGGAGGAAAACCCGAUGACACACGAUCCGGCCUAGACUCCUCUGCACCAACUGAACGAGUUUAUCCAGGACAAACUCGUCCAAUCUCUGGAUAUCGAUCCAUGAAGUCGCAGACCUACCGUACGACAUUCGAAGGAACCACCAAGAUAUCCAAGACUUCGCAACAAACCAAAUUGAAACGAGAUCUUCAUCAGCAUUUUGUUGAAAACGGACUAGACUCCAUCACUUACCUUCCUGAUGCGAACGGAGCCACCACAUCAGUCAUUCUCUCGGCCGACUCCUUCUCUCAAGAGACUGCCCUAGCUGCAUACAAGACAAUGCUCCCAAAAUACGACAAAUACUGCAUCGCCAACGACAAGGACGCAGCCAAGUAUCUUCUCAAUGCCGUUGACGAUGAUCUCAAGGACACCAUCGAACUCUUUCACACCGAAUCCGACGGGUUUAUUGCUGUGUGGUUUUCUCUCUUGGCCAACAUCACUGACAACAACAUUGAUCGCAAGAAAAGCUUGGAGGACGAAAUCAAGUCCAUCACCGUCUCUCAGUUUCCGCAACAGAACCUCAAGUCGAUGGUAGCCAAACUCAAACCCAUCUGUGAUGAACUUGACGCAAUGGAAUCCUACGAACCCGACAACAGUAUCCAUAUGCUAGACAACUUCUCCUAUGCAGGCAGUGGCACUGAUCCAUCCAAUCCUCACACCAUGAGAUUCCGAUCAAAGAUCAUCACACUUCGAGACAAGCUCGACGAUGCCAUCACAACUUGUCGCAACAUGUCCAAAGCAACAAGGGACACUCACCUAAAAGGCCAAGGACUUCACUACACCCAACUUCUCAAGACCAUCUCCGACAUCUACGUCAAGCUCGAGCACAACAAGACCUGGCCUCCAUCCAUGACACCUCUAGAUUCUCGAACACCCGCAGCCCUCAACAUGGCAGCUCUCAAGGACAGCCUAUCACCUUCCGUGGCCGCGCAAUUCGAAGCCUACAUUCUCCAACAAAGCAAAGGACGUCAGCCACCUGAUGAAGACAAGAAAUCGACGAAUCCAAAGCACGUACCUCCUACUCCAUCCAUGACUCCCACGGAGACCAUCGAAGGUAUCAAACACUACGUUCAAGACAUCAAAGGAGUCAAGAACAACUGGUGUGGUCGAUGCCGCCGUUGGACCCCUACUCAUUGGACCUGGAUGCACGGUCGCAAACCUGACGACAAACCCACUCCAGUUACACCUGCUUCAACCGAAUCCCAUCUACUGAUCAACAAACAAGACAGCAGUGGGUCAGAUGACGACACGUCUCUUGAAACAAACCUUGCCUCCUCAGGAUUCAAGUACGUCUUCUACCAUAUGGAACUUCCCCGGCCAACACCUGCCAAAAUUUCGGAAAGGAUCUCCUCGCCAGAGAUCCUCGAUGAGGCACCAUCUUCCAGCAUCAUGGACAAGUCUUACCUCUGGUCCUACCUUUGGUAUACGUUCCAGGUUGCCAUUCUUGGAUUCAGCCUAUUCGGUGCAUUGUUGUGUACCACGACAACCAUUGACGCUCUACCCGGUCUCAGUGCCCUAUCAGCCUUCUUCCAGGACAUCCCGCGCCUUGUUGAUACCUACACAUUUACUUGGCAUGCCAUCGCACCACUUCUUUGGUACCUCAUCUACAGCCUCCUCUUCAUUGGACCCGAUCGCUUUGCCGCUCCUACUCCGGUUCCUCGACACAUCCGUCGCCAGAUUCAGCGGCACCUAUUCCGUGAAUCGCGUCGCAAGCCUCGUGGCAUCCAGAAGCCUUCCUUCCGACACCCUCGCUACCAACCUUCCCGUGCCGAUUGCAUCCGCCGCUUUCAUGCUACCACUACCUUCUUUCCUUCCUCCUUUCAUACCGUUUCAGAGGGAGAACCAGCAUUCCCAGUCAUUUGGGAUUCUGGAGCUUCCGUGUGUGUAUCUCCACACCUUGAUGACUUUGUAGGCCCUCUCGGCCCACCACCAUGUUCAUCCACCAAAGGUGUGGGAGGCCCAGUCGAAGUAAAGGGAACAGGAAAUGUCAAGUGGACUUUCAGGACCACGGACAACUCCUUCAGAACCAUUAUCCUCCCUGCCGUCCACAUUCCUACAGCAACGCAACGAUUAUUGAGUACAAGUUCCCUGUGUCAAAAAUACCCCAACGAGACACUUACCCAAAAUGCCGACGGCAUGAUCCUAUCUGGAGAAGUACCAAUCACUCGAGCCGUCCAAGCAAGCAUCGACAACAGCAACAACCUUCCUACCUCUUGGUCCUUCCGACAUGUCACCAAGCCCAUCAACGACAACACUACCAGCGACGAUGCUACCGUCUGCGCCAACAACAUCUCCUCCGAUCAAUCUUCUCCAACACCUACUGAUUGUUGCUUGAAACGCUCGUCUUCCACUCGGCCAAGCCACCAUGCCACCAUGCAGGCCGCCAUCUCAGAAGUGUGCAAUCACAACAUCAAUCUCAAUAAUGGUGAUCGGGAAUGGCUCAAAUGGCACCAACGUCUUGGACACCGCAGCUUCGCUCUCAUCCGCUACAUCAUGGGUGCUGGCACUCUUGCAAAAAGCCAACGAGCUCGAGCACUCCACACUCAAGUUUCAAAACGAGUCGAAUGUCCCAAAUGUGCAGCCUGUUGCUAUGCCAAGGCCAAACGAAGAUCACCUCCCAAACUACGUCGUUCCCAAGGACACAUCAAGGAUAUUCCCAGCACUCUUCGAGACAACACCUUAUAUCCUGGACAAGAAGUAUCCGUGGACCACCUUGUAUCAUCAGUUCCUGGACGCACCUAUGAGGGUUUCGGCAAAGGUCACAAGUCCACAAUGUUCAAAGGGUCAGCUCUAUUUGUCGACAAUGCAACCGGAUACACCUACACUCACCAUCAAAGGUCCCUCAACACCCAUGAUACUCUCCGCGGCAAGGAAGCAUUUGAGGCUAAUUGUCGUGAUCUUGGUGUAGUGGUACAACGAUAUCGAAGUGAUAAUGCUGCCGUAUUUCACAGUCAUGAAUACAAACUUCAUCUCGAAUCCUUCUCGCAGACUCAAAAAUAUGCUGGGGUUGGUCAACAUCACGCAAACGGCAUCGUCGAAAAGUCCAUUCAGGACAUCCAAUCAACCGCACGAACCAUGCUGGUACAUCUUGCUAUCCAUUGGCCAGAACAAGCUGAUCUUGCAUUAUGGCCAAUGGCAAUCGAUCACGCCGUCUUUCUGCACAAUCACCUUCCUGACCAGACUACUGGACUGUCCCCAAUGGAUAAAUUCUCCCGCCAACGAUGGCCACAUUCCAAAUAUCAUGACAUCCAUGUCUUUGGCUGCCCCACCUACGUCCUGGACAAGAAACUUGCAGAUGGUAAGACAAUUCCAAAAUUCAAGCCACGCUCCGAACGCCAUGUUUACCUUGGUUUCAGCCCAUUUCAUGCAAGCACAGUCCCCUUGGUACUCAAUCCAAGAACUGGGUCCAUCACACCUCAAUUCAACUGCGUUUUCGAUGACUGGUUUGCAACCAUUGCUACCAGCAUCGAAGAAAUUCCUACAUUCCUUGAGGAGCAUUGGCAGACCCUCUUCACCGACUCCGAAUAUCAGUUCCCAGCCGACGACACAGACCCUCCAGCUCUUGCCACCAUACCUGUUCAACCGCCUCCGCCCCCUGCAUCUCCUCUGGAUACUUUUGAUUCUGCCUCCAGCCCCUACAUCACUGGCCUUCCAGACCUAUUCGAACCUCGCAGCCCGCCUUCUACUUCCAAUAUUCCUUCUGUUCCGACCUCCCAAUCUUCGCUUGAGAGGGAGAGAGUGCCUGUUGCCCCCAUGCAAGCAACUCCUCCAUUAAAUUCGACGACCGAUUCCUCGAAUCAGAGGGAGCCAGAGCUUCCAUCUCAACAACAGAGGGAGCAACAAGCUCCAUUGCCUCGCCCUACACCAAGAAAUAAACCAAACGUCAGAAGCCAACCACCUCUACCUCGCGAACGACCAAUUGAAGACUUACCUUCCACCCAUCAAUUCAGUCCCAACUUACGUCGCAGCACCAGAUCAACCAAAGGUGUUUCGGCCCCCAUUCUUGAUCCAGAUCCGUCCCAAAAAUCCUACUCAAGCAAGGUCGAAUACUCCUCCCAUCUCAGCGAACUCGACCAAUCCAUCAAUCCUGACUUCAACGACGUCGAAAAUCUACACUCAUUUCCCAAAGACACACCAUUUCUGACGGCUGAAGAGUUAGUAUUGACACCCAAACACGAGUCAUACAAGCGAUUCUCAACUCAACCAGACACUGACGAUGGAGGAAUUGCCGGUUUCUACGAUCUGCACUUCUCUUACCUUGGAUACAAACUGGAAGACAAACCCAACUUUGUCUUCAUGGACAGCCGAGCUCCAGCUGAUGUCAUUGAAUUCCUCAAGGCUGCCUCAAGCGAUCCCGACAUCUUAACCUGGGAUGAAGCAAUGAAGCAUCCAGAAGAAGCUGAACAAUGGCGCAAGGCAGCGUUGAAAGAAAUUCGAGCCCUCGAACACAAACGCACAUGGCUUGAAGCACCUGAGUCCAAUGCAACUGUUCGUGUUAUUCCAGGAACUUGGGUAUUUCGCCGAAAGCGACUGCCAGACGGAACCAUUACUAAAUUCAAGGCUAGAUGGGUACUACGAGGCGACCUACAAGACCUAGACAUGGACACCAGAGCCGACGUCGUUGCUUGGUCUUCCGUACGAAUAUUCAUGGUACUAAGUCUGAAGCUAGGUUGGGUGAUGAAAUCAAUUGACUUCACAAAUGCAUUCCUACACGCCCCAUUGCCAAAAGAGCUACCUAUGUUUGCUCAUCUACCUCGAGGAUUCUAUUCAAACAUGCGAAGCAUCACUGGAGAACGAACAGUACUGAAUCUACAAAAAUCUUGUUAUGGAACUACCGUGGCCCCUCGAUUAUGGUUCGAACACGUCAUGAAAGCCUUCAAGGAACUUGGAUUCGAAAGUUCACCCUACGACAAGUGCUUUCUCAUUCGUAAAGACAUGAUGAUCGUGGUAUAUGUGGAUGAUUGUGGUAUCAGUUGUGAUAAGCCUGAGAAAAUUGAUGAAUUGGUCCAGCAACUACGCGACAAAGGCUUCGAUCUUGAAAUUGAGGGCGACUUUGAAACCUUCCUUGGAGUCGAAAUCGAAAAGCUAGAUGACGGGCGCUUCCACCUCAAACAAACAGGACUCAUUGCCAAGGUUUUAGAGGCUGCAGGUCUCAGUGACUGCAAUGACAACCAUGUCCCAGCAGGUCCCACACCUCUUGGCAAGGACGAAACCGGUGAAGACUGGCCCCAACAUCCUUGGAAAUACAGCUCCAUUAUUGGCAUGCUUAUCUACCUUUGUACAAAUACCAGGCCUGACAUCAGCUACGCAGUUUCAUGUGCCGCGCGCUUCAAUGCUAAACCCAAGGCUUGUCAUGCCACCGCCGUAAAAACCAUUCUUCGCUACCUCAAAAAGACAUCCGACAAAGGGUUGAUUAUUGAAUUUGAUGGAACAUUGGAUUUGGAGGCAUACUGCGAUGCUGAUUUUGCUGGACUCCACAAAUCUGAAGACUCCUUUGAUCCUGCUAGCGCCAAGUCCCGAGGCGGAUACAUCAUCUUCUUUGGAGGCGUUCCUCUACUCUGGAAAAGCUCCCUUUUGUCAUGUAUCACACUGAGCACUCUGGAAGCCGAAUACAUGCAACUAUCUCGCACCAUGACCGUCCUCCUUGGAAUCAAGAAUACUCUUGAGGAUCUUCUUCCUCCUCUUGGACUACAAACAUCCAACCGCUCGAUCACCUCUACCGUCUUUGAAGACAAUGCUGGAGCUCUCCUUCUGGCAACUGAACAGCGCAUCACUCCUCGUACCCGCCAGCUCCUUGCAAAAUGGCACCACUUCUGGUCCUGGAUUCGCAAACCUUCUGACGGACCCCCUCGCGAUGCCAACAGUACUUGGGAUGAUGGAAAAAUCACAGCGAAGAAAAUUUCAACUGAACUACAACGCGCCGACAUGUUCACCAAAGGCCUAACUCGAGUCCUUUUUGAACGAAACCGCAAAAUGAUUUGUGGUUGGUAA